UUAUUUUCAAUUUUAGUUACAUAAAAUAUAAUAUUAUGAUGAAUACUGAAAUAUUAAAAAUCGGGUUUAUAGUGCUAAUAUUAUGGUUGGUAAUUAGGUUGUUCAUAAAACAAGACAAUUGCGAAGGUGUGUCAGCAAAACAGCCCUCAGUGCCAGUAAAUUUUCAGCGGUUGACAACUUUAGAUCAAUUGAAACUGUUACUAUAUAAGUUGGAAGAGCUUGAACAGCAAAACCUCAGUCCGUGUAAAACAAAACUUGUAUCAGUGGCUGAGCGUCUAAAAAAAAUGAACAUAUUUCAGAUUAAAUCUGAACUCUUAUACAAAGACGAAUUGAUGCAAUACGAAAGAGCUAUCGAUUGGAUUAAGUCACCAGCUGAGUUCCGCAACAGGUGUGGACCACCAAACUUAUUCUCCGCAUACUCGCCCAUGACUGAUAGUGACAUAAAACGAUUAGCCGAGUUGACUUUGCCACCGGUUGACAUUACCAAAACGCCAGUCGAACCAUCACGGUGGUCAGUUGCUAGCGGUGAAUCGUCACUUCCAGUUGUAGACCAAUGGCUGGCAAAUACCGUUUGUUUACUGAUAGAAUUCUUGGACAUGGCAUUGAACUUCAAAGAUAUGGUGUGUUCUUGGGUCUACAAUGACCACUUUACUGAACACGGUGGGUUAGUAAAAUUCCUUUGCCAUGCCAUCGUGGUCACCGCUGAAGAGGAUACGGAAGCUGAUAAAACGAUAUUCACAUUAGACUUUAUGGUUCCAUCUAGUGUGACCCUAGACAGUCUACCUAAAAGUAAUGCCAUCGGGAUUCCGAUAAAACCACGGAAGGGAUUCUGCUGCUUUCCGGUCAAGUACACGGAGUCGAAUGCAUAAGAUUUAUCACUAAACAUUUUAAGUGCUUGUUCACUAACAUCCAAGCAAUGUCAACUCCAAGCAGCAUUUAAUGACAUUCGUGUUCGUUUCUGAAAUUUAGAGUAUCAAAAAUACACAUGUAUGGAAUCAUAAUAGGAUACCGAUGAUCACGAGUUAGGUCUGUAGCAUUUCCAAGGUGAAACAAACGCGCAACGUAUUAUCAUUGUCAAAGAAUGUGUUGAAUUACUGUAGUUUUCUCUUAGUUAAUGCUUCACCAACAAAUUGAUUUUGUAAGAGUUUAAUAAAUGUUUUUACUGAUUAUUGGAUCUCGUCAUGACUGAGUGGACCUGAACAUUUUUCUUUUGAUU